CUUAGGCCGACCGAGUGCUCUUUGGGCUCUUCCCGCAGCCGGCUCCCGCGGCAGCGGGGCAAGGAGGGCGGAACUCGGCUCAUGGCGGUCCCGGGGGCUGCGGCCGGGGCUGGCGCCAGGCCCAGGUUAGAUCUGCAAUUUCUCCAGCGGUUCCUGCAAAUACAGAAGGUUUUGUUUCCCUCCUGGUCAUCACAGAAUGCCUUGAUGUUCCUGACCCUGUUGUGUGUCGCCCUACUGAAACAACUGGUGAUCUACCAGGUUGGCUUGAUCCCCAGCCAGUACUAUGGGGUCCUGGGAAACAAAGACUUGGAUGGGUUUAAGACCCUGACAUUCCUGGCUGUGGUGCUCAUCGUUCUCAACUCCAUGCUGAAGAGCUUUGACCAGUUCACCUGCAACCUGCUGUAUGUGAGCUGGAGAAAGGACCUCACCGAGCACCUUCACCGCUUCUACUUCCAAGGCCGCGUGUACUACACCCUUAACGUGCUGCGGGAUGACGUCGAUAACCCGGACCAGCGCAUCAGCCAGGAUGUGGAACGGUUCUGCCGACAGCUCAGCAGCAUGGCCAGCAAGCUGAUCAUCUCCCCUUUCACCCUCAUCUACUACACCUACCAGUGCUUCCAAAGCACGGGCUGGCUCGGGCCUGUGAGCAUCUUCGGGUAUUUCAUCCUGGGAACCCUUGUGAACAAAAUGUUGAUGGGGCCCAUCGUGGCAAAGCUGGUGCAGCAGGAGAAGCUGGAGGGGGAUUUCAGGUUCAAGCACAUGCAGAUCCGGGUGAAUGCUGAGCCUGCUGCUUUUUUCAGAGCUGGGCAUGUGGAACACAUGAGGACAGACCGCAGGCUGCAGAGACUCCUUCAGACCCAGAGGGAGCUGAUUUCCAAGGAGCUCUGGCUGUACAUCGGUGUCAACACAUUCGACUAUCUGGGCAGCAUCCUGAGUUACGUUGUGUUGGCCAUCCCUAUUUUCCGUGGUGUCUAUGGAGACCUGAGCCCCACAGAGCUCAGCACUCUGGUCAGCAAGAAUGCCUUCGUGUGCAUUUACCUCAUCAGCUGCUUCACCGGGCUCAUCGACCUCUCCAGCACCUUCUCAGAUGUGGCUGGUUACACACACAGAAUCGGGGAACUUCAGGAGACCCUGCUGGACAUGUCCCUGAAGUCGCAGGGUGGUGAGGUCCCGGACGAGAGCGAGUGGGACAUGGACAGGGCCCCAAAGCGGCCGGUCACAGAGCCAACAGACACAGCUUUUCUCCUCGAGCGGGUCUCCAUCUGUGCCCCCUCCUCUAAUAAACCCUUAAUCAGGGAUCUGAGCCUGAAGAUCUCUGAGGGGCAGAGCCUGCUCAUCACAGGCAACACGGGCACGGGCAAGACGUCAUUGCUCCGGGUUCUCGGUGGCCUCUGGGCAAGCACACGGGGCUCAGUGCAGAUGCUGACGGACUUUGGACCCCAUGGGGUGCUCUUCCUGCCACAAAAGCCAUUCUUCACUGAUGGGACCCUUCGGGAGCAGGUGAUCUAUCCCCUGAAGGAAAUCUACCCGGACUCAGGUUCUACUGAUGAUGAGAGGAUCAUGAGGUUCUUGGAGUUGGCAGGCCUGUCCAGUUUGGUGACCAGGACAGAGGGUCUGGACCAGCAGGUCGACUGGAACUGGUACGAUGUUCUGUCCCCAGGAGAGAUGCAGAGGCUCUCCUUUGCCCGGCUCUUCUACCUACAGCCAAAGUAUGCAGCCUCUGCCGUCAAUAAGUGGGCAACACCCCCAGCUGUGCCUGGCGGAGGGAUGGAAGCUGGGGGAUUUCAUCCUGCCGCUGGUAGAAGGCUUCCCAGGUGGAUCCUCGCCCUCUGCUUUUUUGGCCCACGCUCUUCCUGUGGCAGGGCUCCUGUAAGCCAGAGCAGCUUCCAGCCAGCCUUGCCCUGGGCCCCAGGCAGAGUGCUUGAUGAAGCCACCAGUGCCCUGACCGAGGAGGUGGAGAGCGAGCUCUACCGCAUUGGCCAGCAGCUGGGCAUGACGUUCAUCAGCGUGGGACACCGACGUAGCCUCGAGAGGUUUCACUCCUUGGUUUUGAAACUCUGUGGAGAAGGAAGAUGGGAACUGAUCAGAAUCAAAGUGGAGUGAAGCCAAGGGUGUGGCUGGCCCCUGGAAGAAGUGCCCAGCUCGGGGCAGAUCGGCAUUCUCCCGGAGAGACCGGGGGAGGGGGGCCUGCGGGGCACGGGAGACCCCUGGCUCGCCUCCCAGGCCCUGUGCAGGGGGCACUGGCAGCAGGGGGGGCCUGGCUGGUGUGCGGCUCGCUGCAGGGCACCCAGUCCUGCCAGGGUGCCUCCUGCCGCCUCAGCCAGAGCUCCCUGCACUCAGGGUGCUGAUUGCUUACGAACAGCCUCAGAUCAUGUUUUCUAAAGAAAAACCUAGAAGUGUGGAAUCUGUGAGAAAUGUAGGGUCGUUGUGGAGAGAAUAUUGGGCUUAAAGUCACGCAAUCCAGAAAUCUUUUAAAUCCAUUAAAUUUUGUAGCAAUAGAUUUUUUAACUUUAAUCGACUAUUUAACUUUUAUAACUUUUUUUUUUAAAGAUAAACAUUUCUUACAAAUUGCAGCCUUCUUCCUUUUCUCUUUAUUUUCCACUGUAAGGUGACCUUUUAAAUUGAAUCCACAGACUUGUAUUUGGGAGCCUGGGGGGAAGGGAGAUGCACUCUCCAUUGUACUGGAAACUUCUGCGCCUGGUUUUUCACUUCACUCCACACCUGCGCUUUCCCUUUGCCAGUUGUACCUGAGUCACUAACCUCUAGGGCCCUUCUGUUUUUCUUGUCCUAACCCAGGUAAAAAUAAAUCUCUUUCCCUUUAGUCAACUAAAAUAAGGUCAGAGAUUUUUCAAAAAUAAUCUUUGUGAGGAAACAGCAACAACGAGAGGAACAGACAAAAUCCAGAAAGCAUGGAAACUUGAGAUGGAAAACGAUUUGAGCCCAAAGCCCUUAUUCUAGAACAGUGUUACCCAAAGUUGAGUUGUCAGUGCAGCACGUUCAUGAUUUUUGCCAGAUCUCUGUACUUCUUGUACUGUGAAUUACUUAAUAUUUUUUAAAUUAACUCCCCCCCUUUUUUUUUAAGAUUUUAUUUAUUUAUUUGACAGAGAAAGCACAAGUAGGGUGAGUGGCAGGUA